AUGAAGAAAAAGUACUUUAUUCUAUUUCAUAUUUCUCUCCAUAAUCAAUCGUCUCCAAGCCAAUCGUUCAACUCAUUUUCAUCAGACGUUUGUGCUAACUCACCAAACAACACAUCCUUGAUGUCGUCAUCUUCUAAUUGUUCAAUAUUAUGGUGCUCUUAUGUACGUGCACAGAUCCAGGAAGAUGACGAAACAUCGUUGUUCCCGAUCGAUCCUAUUAUUCGAUACAUACGAAGUUAUACUCGUGAAAGAUGGUACGAGUCACUUGAAGUUUUACUAAAGAACCAAUUAUCCUUGUCUUCAACGAUUGGAUAUUGUCAAUUCCCAGGUCGAACAAUCCCAUACUCGGAUCCCAUCGGAUCCGAAACAUGGAUUUCCUGGAUUUUCCAAGGGUCAUCAUAG